AUGUCUCAGGUCACCAAGAGGAAGUAAGUAGUGAAGGAUGUGCUGGGGGAGGACCAGCAGUGGACUGUGAAGGUACUCAAGACCCCAGGGAACAACCUGAGGUGGACAUGCCCAGAGGCAGUGCUUCCAGGUGAGCCCGCCCUCCCUUACCGAGAGAGCAUCUGGACCAAGAGGGGGGACUUCCUCAUUGUAGAGCCCAUUGAGGAGGGUGAGAAGGCAAAGGCUGAGGUCUCCUUGUGCUCCACAAGGACCAUGUGCACUCCCCGUGGGACCAGGGGCUCUGAAGUGACCGAGAAACACAGCAUCGGGAACAGACAUACUCAGCCAGGACUCCUCGCCGAGCCCGUCCUCAGAAGAUGA